AUGAGGCUCAUUAACGUCGAGUCGCUAGUCCUGGAGGAUUUUAUGGCAGGCGGCUCCCACGCACCACCAUAUGCCAUCCUAUCACAUACCUGGGGCAAUGAAGAGGUCACGUUUCAGGACUUCAUCAACCCCGACCAGACUGUGCGAUCACGAAAGCAAGGUUUUGCCAAGAUCUCGAAAACAUGCUCCUUGGCAAAGAGCGAGGGACUCAAGUACGCUUGGGUGGACACUUGCUGCAUCGACAAGACCAGCAGCGCCGAACUGACCGAAGCCAUCAAUUCCAUGUUUCAGUGGUACCGAGACGCCGUAACCUGCUACGCUUGGCUCGCCGACUUGCCCAGUUCCGCAGUUGUCGACGGUCGGCCGGAGAAGACAAGCCUGAGCAGGUGCCGCUGGUUUACGCGUGGUUGGACUCUCCAGGAGCUGAUUGCACCUCGAGCGGUGCAGUUCUUUGACCAGGCGUGGGCGCCAUGCGGAACCAAGGCAUCCAUCGGCGAGAUGCUCACGGAAAUCACAAUGGUGAACGCGAGCGUCUUGGAAGACCCCGAGCUCCUUCCGACCCUCUCCAUCGCGCAGAGGAUGUCUUGGGCCGCUACCCGGCAAACGACCCGUGUUGAGGACAUGGCUUACUGCCUGCUGGGCAUAUUCGACGUGAACAUGCCGAUGCUGUACGGCGAAGGAUCUAGAGCCUUCCUUCGACUGCAAGAAGAAAUCGCGCGCGAGAGCAACGAUCUCAGCAUAUUUGCGUGGAGAGCGACGCAGGCGGAUCGCCAGCAUUCUGGGGUCUUUGCCGCUUCCCCUGCAGAUUUUGCCCAGUCGGGGUCGGUUCAACUUGCGGGCGAUACAGUCUAUAGUCCCGAGUUCACUUUGACCAACAAGGGCCUCCGCAUGAACGUCAACCUUUAUUCGGCCAAGGAGGAUGCGUAUCUCCUGAAGCUGAACUGCGACGAGGUGACUGCAACUGGACAGCAGUCCGUGGGCAUCUUCAUCAAACCGCAUGGCGGGGGUGUCUACAGUCGAGCGAGGCUUUCGGAGUUUGGAGUAGCGGCAGCGGGAGACACCGGAAAGAAACGCGACCUGUUUCUCUUUAGACACCUCAGCGCAGCUCGGUCGAAGCGACUAGAGACGAGCCACAGCAACGCCUUCAUGCUGCGUGAAGGGUUCAACACGGCGGAGAAGACGCCCUAUCCGGACUUCCCCUUCUCUACAAGCUUCGUCAUGCCCAUGGAGGAGUGGGAUCCGCAGCGCCACAUGUUCCUCACGGAGGGAGCGGCCGAGUUCUGUGGGUACGCCUUGUUCGUGAAACGCGACGGCGUGAGGCCGGAUGAUGAGCUGGGCACGGGCUCCAUGUUUCUGGUGAUAUUUGGCAAGAAGGGUGACCAAGAGGCCUGGGUCUCGCUCUUCGACGCCUACAACCAUGGACCCGUCUUCGCUGAAAUGUACAACGUCACCAACACGCUUGCCUUGGUUGAGCGAAUGCCGCGUAAUUCGACGCUGCAGAUGCGCAACAACAUGAAUAACCUGACCACCAGAGUCGGCGCCAGCAUCAAGAAGGCGACAGUGGAUGGGAAAGUGGUGCACUGCGUCGACCUCGUGUAUCUGAAAGGGCCCGAGGCUGUCACGAGCUGGCAGGACGAGGGACGGCGAGGGUCCAUGUGA